UAGUUUAGUGCGUGGCUACAGAGAGGCUGCGUGUGUGUGUGUGUGUGUGUGUGUGUGUGUCUCCGGGGUGGUGGUCAGUCAGUCUGGGUCUGGCGUGUGGUGUGUGUGUGUGUGUUUGUGUGCGCGUCAAGCUCUGUGGCUGGGUAACUGAGUACCUAAUUGUGCGUGUACGUUCGUUUGUGUGUACUGCGUCAUGGCCCCGAAGAAAGCGAAGACUGUGGCUGUAGUUGGUGCGGGUUUGGUGGGCACGCUGGAAGCCUGCAUGAUGGCCAAGAGGGGCUACGAGGUGCAUCUCUACGAGUAUCGCCAAGAUAUCCGGCAGAUGGAGCACGUGCCGGGCCGCAGCAUCAACCUGGCGAUGAGCGUGAGGGGGAGGACUGGCCUGGGGGCGGUGGGCGUGGAGGAGCAGAUUGUACAGCGGCACGGCAUUGCGAUGAAAGCAAGAAUGAUUCACUCACUAGAUGGCACCACUAAAUCCAUUCCUUACAACAGGGAAGGCAAGUGCAUCUUCUCCGUGGGCCGCCGCUUUGUGAACGAAGUGCUGCUGACGAGGGCCGAGGACUUCCCCAACGUGACCAUUCACUUCAACCACAAGCUGGAGGCGUGCGACCUGGAGCGUGGCGAGAUGACCUUCACCAACACGGCCACGGGGGAGAGGGUGAGCACCAGAGCAGAUCUGAUGAUAGGCUGUGACGGCGCCUACUCCAACGUGAGGAAGCAGAUGCUGAAACGCGCCCACUUCAACUACAAGCAGGAGUACAUCCCCCACGGCUACAUGGAACUGUGCAUCCCCGCCACGCCUGAUGGGGAGUUCGCCAUGCCCCCCAACUACCUGCACAUCUGGCCCCGCGGUAACUACAUGAUGAUCGCCCUGCCCAACCAAGACCGCAGCUGGACCGUCACUCUUUUCAUGCCCUUUGAAAUCUUUGGCACCCUCACCACGCCGGAGGAACUGCUUAGCUUCUUCCAGACUAACUACCCGGACGCCAUCCCACUGAUCGGCCGGGAGAAGCUGAUUAAUGACUUCUUCAGCAACAAGCCCCUGCCAAUGAUAUCAGUCAAGUGCUCGCCAUACCAUGUGGGCAACACCAGCGUCAUCAUGGGAGAUGCCGCCCACGCCAUGGUGCCAUUCUACGGACAGGGGAUGAACUGCGGCAUGGAGGAUUGUGUAGUUCUGAAUGAGAUUCUGGACCAAUACGGAGAUGACCUGACGAAGGCGCUGCCCGCAUAUUCAAAAAGGAGGAAUCCAGACGCGGAGGCGAUUGUGGACCUGGCGAUGUAUAACUAUGUAGAGAUGAGGGACCUUGUCAACUCCCCAUUUUUUCUCCUGCGUAAGAAACUGGACGAUUUUCUGAGCAUUAUCCUUCCGGGCCGCUGGCAACCACUCUACACAAUGGUGACCUUCUCUCGCCGCCCCUACAGCAGUUGCAUCGCCAACAAGACCUGGCAGGAUAAGGUGAUCAUGCGCGUGAGCAGGGUGGCUGGGGUGGCCUGCGUGGCUGCACUGGCAAGGGUGGCGCUGCAGGCCGUGCGGGAGCCUGCAGCACAACAAGCAGGCCGUGACGCGCUCAUGUGGGUGUCGCAGGCCGCUAGCAGGGCGUGGCAGGGAUAAGGAAGGAAAGAAGGAAUGAAUAAAAGACCAAGAAGGAAUGAAGGAGACAGGAAGAAUGAAGGAAGAGUGAAGGAAGGCCAGUAAGAUGGAAGGGCAAUGCAGCAGGACAAACACCCACCGAGGCAGGACAACGAACGCCAAGCCAAAGCAAUAUAAGGAAUCAGAUCGCAUUUAUAAGUGUUGAAUCCCAUGUCAUGACAAGAUCAGGAUUAAGUAGUCUUUUUUUUAUUAUUAUUUUGUUGUCCAUAGUUUGUUAGGGAUAGGUAGGUGUGUGUGUGUGUGUGUGUGUGUGUGUGUGUGUGAGAGAGAGAGAGAGAGAGAGAGAGAGAGAGAGAGAGAGAGAGAGAGAGAGAGAUUCGCCAUCUUUACUACUGCUAUUACUACUACUACCUACUACUACUACUAUUGUUAUUAUUGUCUCACACGCCAGUCAUGAAACACUAAGUUUAAUUCUAACAAGUUUAUUUUUAAGUUCGAAGCUCAAUUUAGUUCAAUAGUUUACCUUCCUCCGCGCCUCAUUGAUUAACGAUGAUUUUCACCUUUGCACUGAUUAUCAUUGUCAUAAUUUUCACCUAUAGUCUUUUAUUCUUCCUCUUAGUCGCUUCUAAUACAAAGUAAUAAAUAAACUGAUAAAAAAAAUAUUGUUAAAGUCUCACUCAAGCUAAAAACAAAAGAAAAAACAAAAGAAAUUGUCAUCAUAAUUAAACUUUCACUCAAGCAAACAAAAUAAAAAAAAAAAGAACAUUU